CCCAGGUAAAAUCCCCAUCCUGUGGGGACGAACUGCAGGUUAAAUCACUCUGAAAUGCCCCCGCACCCCAGGGACCCUAGGUAAGGAUCAUUCCCCACUAUUUUUGGCGUGAAGACACAACCACUGCAUUCAUCCGGUACUGCGGGCCCACCUGAAAGGUAAAACACAUCCCUAUUCCCCCUGUGGGGGGGGGCGUGGUUACAAUUGACUGGUGCUUUGUAUUGUUGUGUACCCUGAAAUUGAUGUCUUGCAUAUGAUUUUCCUAUUCCUUUCUAUGUUAAGAUUGUAUUUGAACUGUAUAAUCAUGUAUUAAAUGUAAUAAAUAUUGUAUGCCCUUCAUUAUUGCAGGGAUAAACGAAUCAAUCUUUACACCUUUAUACUGUACAUUACUGGUCAUUUCAUUAUUGUAGAUAAUAAAAUUAUGGUAAAUGUGGAACUAAAAGUAGAGAACAAAAUAUUGUUAUUUUAUUUUAAUUCAUGAAACUUAUUUCUAUUGAUAUGAAAAUAACAGCAUUAAAAAUACCUAGUAAGAUAAUAGUAAGAUACUAUGCCUUUUUACUGUGCCACCAAAUUGUAAUCGAUUAAAUAAUCCGAACUGGUUUAGCAUUUCAAUCAAGCGCACCAGUGAUAUAUGUAAACAAUAACAUGACGACAUGGAAUAAUAACUUGGCCUACCGCCACCAUAAUGGACCGUGAGACUUCCGAAUUGAGCUACUCUGCCCAGCACAUUCAGGAGCUGCUGCGAUGCCCGAUUUGUCUCGACCGAUUCAACACGCCCAAACUUUUGCCCUGUCAGCACACAUUCUGUGAGUCACCGUGCCUUCAACAGUUGGUCGACAGGUUUCAUAGGAUCAAAUGCCCUGAAUGUCGUGAAGAACACAGAGUGCCCUAUGCAGGAGUUUCUGCCUUUCCUACAAACAGAACCAUCCUCAACUUCCUUGAUGUGCCUACUCAACCACGGCAACACACUUCCAAUCAAAUGGAGCCUCCCGAGGAAAUUGCUAUGCAGGGAGAACCAACAGCCAAUCAGAAUCCAGGUCAACCUCAAAAUGAGGCAGGGUCACAGAAUGAACCAGCCAAUGAGAAUCCAGCUCCUGCAAGGACUGGUUGCACUGCUUGUGGGAGACAGCUGACCUUGUCUCGCUGUUUACACUGUGAUAAUGUUGUUUGUGAUACUUGCAAAAGAUCUCAUAUGGAGCAGCUGAGGCUUGAUAUAAACCGGCUAGUGAGUCAGCUACGCCGAAGUAUGCCAAAUUUCUCAGACGCUGUAAGUGUCAUUGAGAGGAAAUCUGAACAGUUACAUCAAAGAGCAGAAGCUGGAAAAGCUGAAAUUACUGAAACCAUUGAGAGGUUUAUUUCGGAAUUGAGAAAUAGGCAAAGACUAUUACACAGUGAAGUGCAGAUGUGGCUGCUCGGGGAAAUCAGGUCAUUGCGUAUGGUGCAGGAAAAUGUUGAGGUUGAAUUAGCAAGCACUGCCAGCUUUUGUGAUUCUACUGAGUCAGCACUGGCUAGAAAUCAGACGAUACCGGACGAUGACCUGGUUGAAAUGAAGAGACAGUGUAUUGAGAAUAUGGAGAUUGUACGAACAUACGAGGGAGGAAAUGGUGUACGCUUGCCCAGGGAGAGACAGGUGCAAGUGGCCUUUGAUAGUGCACGAUUCUCCCAGAUGAUUUCCAACUUCGGUGACUUGAGUAUUUUCGAAGGAGAAGGAAAUGGAAGCUCUAUUAGCUCAACAGACAACUCCCGUUCCUCAUCUUCCAGGGAGUCUUCACCAGCUGUUGUUCCAGCGGCAGGCAGGGGAAACAAUUCUCAAGGGAGGCAACUCCAGAAUACAACAGCUCCAAGGGGAAAUAACUCCCCAGGUAGACAACUCCAGGCUGCAGCAGGCAGGGGCAAUACACCUCAAGGGAGGCAACCCCAGGGUGCAACAGCUGCAAGGGGAAACAACUCAUCCGGCAGUCAACUCCAAGGUGCAGCAGGCAGGGGGAGUUCUGCCCCUUCCCUGGAAACUGCCCUCAAUGCAAUAGGCAGCAGUGCAGCGAGGCGUGGAGACAGAAUGGCAGCUCUGAUUGGUGGAGGCGGGGCUAGAGACACCACGCCUCCCAGUGACAGGCCACACCUCCGGGAGCAGCUGGCCUCUCUCAUUGGUCAGGAGAAUCACAGGUCACCACGCCCCCAGCCAAGACAGACAACCGUGGAGAGAAGUGCAGGAAUGAUGGGAGGGGGUGUGUCCAGUACAGACUCUGAUUCCUCCCAGAGCACCCCACGGCUAGGCAGGCGCCCAGCGCAGUCAUCCCUGUCCUGGGAGCUCGACCUCUCCCACCCUCCCCAUGGGGACCUCCGUGCCGGCAAUGGUAACCGUGGCAACCGUAGAAGCCUGCAGGAGCGUCGCCGUCACAACCUAACAGACCCCCAGCUCUCAAGCAGAAGCAGAGUAGCUAACAGUAGACAGGAAUCAGACAGGAGGAACCAUUCUAAUGAGAGGCAGGCUAGGAGAAAUGAGAACCAGUCUGAAGAGACUUCUGGUUCUCGUACCCGUGAACCGGUUCCUGGCACAAGUUCUGAAGAAGAGGAAAGACCUUCUAUAACGAGGAGUAGGACAUUUACUAGGGAAGAGUUUCAGACUAUUAGGGAGGAGGACAAUGUGUCACGAGCCAGUACGGCUGAUGCUAUAAAUAGGCGUCGGGAGCCAAUCAGAUUUGAUGUGGAUUUAGCGUCAGGCGGUGAGAGCGGAAGUGGGGAGGAAGUAGCCUACAUAGUUGGAACGGUGGAUGGAGGGGAGAGCACCAGAGUAAACGUUCCUAGAAACAACUACCAGGACAAAGGGAGAGCAAUCAUUAGGUUUGGUGCCAGGGGAAGUAACCCUGCUGAGUUUAUCUGGCCUCGAGGCAUCGCUGUGUCAGGGGCUGAUCAGAUAUACGUGGCCGACAGCAGUAACCAUAGGGUGCAGGUUUUCGACAACAUAGGGACGUUUAUUAAGAGUUUUGGCUCCUAUGGCCAAGCUGACAAUGAGUUUGACUGCCUUGCUGGAAUCGGCAUGAAUACUAUGGGCGAUAUUUUGAUUACAGACAGAUAUAAUCAUAGAGUUCAAGUAUUUGAUCAUCAGGGCAGUUUUAAGUUUGUUUUUGGUGAAGAAGGGUCUGGUGAUGGCCAAAUGAACUAUCCAUGGGGAAUCAGCUGUGACAGUAUGGGAUUUAUAUAUGUGUGUGAUAAAGAGAACCAUCGCAUUCAGGUCUUCCAAUCAAAUGGUAUUUUCGCCCGCAAAUUUGGUCGCCUUGGGCGACAUACAGGCCAGUUUGAGAACCCACAUUACCUCGCCAUAAGCUCAGACAACAAAGUGUAUGUGAGUGAUAGCAGUAACCAUAGAAUACAAGUGUUUACAAUGUACGGGGAUUUCAUCUUCCAGUUUGGCACUAUUGGUACAAUGCAGGGACAAAUGAAAUACCCGAAAGGAAUAGCGAUAGAUGAACAAGGGUUCGUUGUGGUGGCCGACAGUGGAAAUAACAGGAUACAGGUGUUUCGUGGGGACGGGAGGUUUUACUGCAUGUUUGGAUCCUAUGGAAGUGAUAACGGACAGUUUAAGGGACUGGAGGGUUUGGCUAUUUUGGGAAAUGGGAAUGUUACUGUUAGCGAUCGAGAAAACCAUCGCAUUCAAAUAUUUUAGUGGUUGUUUUUUCAUCCCAUGUUGCUUUAUUAGUUCCAAUCCAUAUUUGUGUUGAGGGUUUUCAAAUGUUCAAAAUUGUUUCCAAUUUGCUGAAAACUUUCCGUUUUAUAUUUUUAUUUGAAUUGUUGGACUUUUACCUUAAUAUUGAGAAAAAAGCGCACAGACAUUAGGCCAAUAUAAAUUAAUUACUAGAUUUUCUUCCAAAUUUUUUUUUUAAAUGGGGGCAUAUAUUUUUCAUAUUUUUUCAUUUCUUAGAUGACUGUUUCACCAUUGAACAUGAUAAUAACACUAAGUCUUAUCCUUGUUUACAUGUGAAUGUUAUACUUCGCCACUGUGGGUGUGAAUAAUGGUGUUCGUGGACAAUAACAGACCCAUUCACAAAAACAGACUCUACAUGUGUAGUUCAACAUUUUAAUUUGAGUCCAUAAAAUUUAAGGGGCAGCGGGAAAAAAAGGGGAUGGGAGGGGAUGAAAAUCUUGCAAUUACUUUAUAGUUGCCUUAUGAUAUUUCUGUGUAGGUAACCAAACACCAAAUUCACGUCUGAUAUUUAAAUGUGACAGGUAGUAUUUAGUCAACAGAAGAGUUUUAGUAUAUUCAUGUUAAAAGAAUCAGUAAUGCUUGUUUUUUUUGCCGAGUAAAUGUAGCAUUGGGCCGAUUGAUAAGAACUUAACCACAUUGUUAAUGUCAGUCUUUUUUGUUUGUUUUAUUUUAGAUGCAAGUUGUUCAUUUUGGCAUAUGUAUCAGGAGCCUCUCUAGUCAUCAGAAAUAUCUUUAUUUUGCACUUAACUAAGGUCAACCUCUUCCAAAGGUACCCGUUAGGCUUCUUUGAGAAAUAAUUAACCUCAUUCACCCUAGACUGUCACAGAACGUAAUGAUUUCCUUUCACCCCUCACUCUUCAGUUUUGUUUGCAGAUUUGGAAGUUUCAUUGUUUUCUUUUUUGGAAAUGAAAACAAAGUUUAGGCCUUGGCCUACUGUGUUACGCUGCGCUAUGCUGAUGGCGUCUGCAGCCAAAUGUAUAAAACUAGAUUAAAUUCUUUGGUUUUGUCAAAGUUAGCCAAAGCAAUUGUUGAUUGGACUAUAAAUAUCCCAUAGUUACUAUUGGUUUAAACAAUAUCUAUUUUUAUAUAUAAUUUACAAUUAAUAUAGUUCAACAAGUUUUGAGCAUAAUCAAAAUUAAUAAAUACCAAAUAUGUAAUGCAUUGAAAGAAAACAUGAGGGUAAUGAAGAAAAAAGUAAUGUUACUGUAGACAGAGUUGAGAAGAAAGCCUUGAAGCUGUCGCUUCUGGACCUCUCGUUCACCAGAGUUACGUACCUUUCACCUGAGUGAGGUACCAUUUUAUCACGAUCGAACCUCUGAUGAAUGAGAAUGCUUCUGGAUAGAUACUAUUAACAAAUAAAUUUAAAUUUGCAAAAUAGCCAAAAGAUAACCUGUGGACAACUUAGUUUUUUUUAUCUUAUUGUAUUGCUUUGGACAAUUUAGUCAGUUUUUUUCAUCUUAUUGUAUUGCUUUGGACAACAUAGUCAGUUUUUGUUGUUUUUUUUGUGUCGCAGAAUAUUUUAAACUGCUUCAGUUCAUUUCUCCAGUAUUUUUUCCUCAAGCUGUAGUUGGAUCUUCUGUGUUAUUUUGCCCGGUGGUGCAUACGUCUGCUUCAUGUCUUCAACCGUCUGUGAUAUUUGGACAUAUUUUGUGUGAUAGCUUUUUCCAUAUCUUUAGUUUACAUUAUGAAAGAUAUAGAUCUGUAUCAAUAUUGCUCAUUUUUGUUAUACAGCAGUGUAUUCUUGUGUAGUUGAGCUGGAAAACAGGGCUUCCAUUUUAGUGAGUUUGGAAGUAUAUAAUUCCCUUAAAUAUGUGUUUCAGAAUUGAGUUCUUUGAAGUACAGAAUUUUCAAUAAUUUUGAAAAACACUAUCAAAUGUAAAGACUUGAAUGUUAAAAUUUGUUACAAAAAGGGCAUUGUAUCAUGUUUAGUAUAUGGGCAUUGGUUUGUUUUGAGACAUAAAUUUAACUGACCUCAUACAGGGCUUCUGUUAAAGGAAGUUUGGAAGUAUAUUACUCCCUAGAAAUGGGUUAAAACUUCCAAACAUAAUUCCUUGGAAGUACAAAAACUUCCAUGAUUUUGAAGAAAACUUCCAAAGUCAAAAGCUUGGAAGUUCAAAAUAUCAAAACCUGGUGUCAAUAUAUUUAGGCUCACAAUUUCAAGUGAAGUAAAUUGAAUUAUUAUAAUAUAAAUCUGUGAAUUUGGCAAGAUAUAGUUUCAAAUUAUUUGAUUUUUAACAUCCUAUUUUAAAAAUACUGGAAAAAAAUGUAUUAGGGGAACUUAAACUUCCAAAUUUCAGUGAAAAACUUCCAAUAUUGAUGGUCAGGAAGUUCAUACUUCCAGUUUCAAAUUCUUAAUGGAAGCCCUGCUCAUACUUGAGUAUGCUAAUAUUUAUUAUAAGCUUUCUAGUGGUUUAUAGAGAUUUAUCAGUGAAAUGAAAUUGAUAUAUUUCACUGUUUUAAACAAUCUAUCUGAUUUUGUUCACUGUUUUGAAAUUUUAGCCGCCUCUCGUUUCCAAAUCAAACUUCAGUGCGCACAGGUCUGAGACACAAUUUCAGCAAUGUCAAUUCCAAAAUGACGCAAAGUGUGCGUUCUUCUAAAAAAGUGUACUUAAAUUACUUUUAAUUCCAAUUUUAGGCAUAUAAUAAAAAGAAAAAUUGUUUAUUUUAGUGUAAGAUAGCAAUUAUACAUUUAACUUUGUGAACACCAAAAGUUAAUAUUUCAUUCGCAGUUAUGCCACUUGUGAUUAAUAUAAAUUUUGGUGCUCACUCAGUGAAAUAUAUUAUGAUCAUACACUGACACAAACAAUUAUCCUCUAUAUUCAUGUAUACACACAAUAAGAAACUGUGAUUGUAUUAUUUUGUUUCAGUAUUGUCUUGCCAAAAUCUACCUUACCAUAAUGUUUUAAGUGUGUUUGUUUUUACACAGAAUGUAGUUGUGCAUUAGUACAUACAUAUACAUUUAAGGAUUGGUGACAUUUUUUGUGUGUGUCUAUGCUUUCUGAAUACAGCCUAGCUGAAGUCUUGCAUUUUAAAACUUGACUUGAGUAUACAUGAAGCAUUGUCUGUAUGGUUUUCUUAAUAAAUUAUUUAUUGAUA